AUGGCAGCCCCAGUGGCCCCGGAUACGGCCUUCCUCCAGCAGCUGGGCGCGACGAUCGAGAUUGCCACGCCUCUCUUGGUGGGCCGCCACAAGCAGCACAUGAAAGCGCUUGCAGCACCGGGCCGCGGCGGCUCGGACUGGAAGCAGGCUCUCGUCAAGACCACGGUGGCCCUCCUCCGCUCCGAGGCGAUCCGCACCGUGGACCCGGGCCGCAUCGAGAAGAUCAUGACGGCGUAUGUUGCGACAGCGUACUUCCAGGAGAAGGUGCCCUCCACCUCCAUGCGCGAGACUGUGACCAAGAUGAGCCCGGGAGACGCAGUGGGCGGAGCGGAACCGGACGAAGACAGGCUCGUAUGCUCGCCAACACCGCCGGCGGGCUCCCAAACGGGCCAGCCCGGCGGACACAAGGUGGGGGACGCGGUGGACGUGUGGAGUCACACCAGGCGCGAGCGGGUCGCGGGCCGUGUGACCACCCACUACGCGAACGACCAGUUCGACGGCAACUUCCACUGCCGGGCGGGGAGCCUACGGGUCAGGACGCCGCACGGCCACAAGUACAUUACCCCCGAGCUCAUCCAGACCCACUUGCGCGCGCCCGCAGACGGGCCUGAAGACCUGCCGGGCCAGGCGGCGGGGCCGGCCUCGGCGGCGCGUGUGCGCCAGGAGCCGGGGGCUGGCUCCUCCGCUGGCGGAGAUACGCACGGGGUUGCCAGCGCGGCCGCAGCGGUGCCCCCCCAGCGCCCGGGGUACCUCCAGGGGCGCCGGCUCGCAGAGGCUGGGCCCACUGCCCUCGAGCUCAAGCUGAGCCAAUUGGUGGAAACGCUUGAGGAGUUGGGCGACGCCGAGGGGGCCGCAAAGCACCGGGAGCGCCUCGUUGCAGCCCAGCAGCAGAGGCGUGCUGACCAAGCGGCGGAAACAGCCCCGCCGAGCGCCGCGGCAGCCGCCCCAGCCGGCGGGACCCCCACCCUGGACUCAGACGCAGAGGAGGCGGCUCAGGGGAGCUCGCCGGACGACCCCCUCGGUAUCGGGGCACUCCUCGCGGAGGCCGCCGGGGCGGCCGCGGACGGGCCCCCGCUGAUGGCUGAGACGGCCAGCACCGCGCCUGGCCCCGAUCCUGGCAGGCCGCCUGCGGAGCGCGCCCCGCUGCCCAUGCCCCUGCCCCGCGUGGACGUGGCGGCGCGGCCGGCACAGAAUGGCCGCUUGUCUGAUGAGAGUCACUGGGCCCGGCUCAGAGCGGAGCGUCCAGCUCGACCCCGGCUGGCGUACCUGCAGGACACGCUCCUCCCGGGGUGGCGCCCGGCGGCCGGGCCGGAGGCCAUGGAGCUGGAGUUUGCGGUGCACUCCGCGGACGCAACCUGGGAGGACCAGCUGUGGCAGUGGUUCGAGGCGCUUGCGCAGGCGGGGGUCUUCGUCGACACCUACGUGAUGGACCCAGCCAAGCGGGGCGAGGUGACCGGCAACGCGCACCUCACCCCAAAAUGCACGGCCACGACGCCCUGUGUCAAGGCACGGGGCAUCGGGUUGACGAUCAACUGGUUCCGCACAACGGACGGGCGUGUCCGCCUAGAUGGGGCGUGGACGCAGCAGCCCACCCUGCUCGAGAUGCUGCGUAGGUCCCACAAAGCCUACCAGCCAGGGAACUCGGAGCAGGGCCGCCUGACAGGCCGGCAGAUGGACCCGGUCCGGGCCGCGCAGCGCACCCAGCGCACUGAGCUCGAGCAACGCGCCCAGUGGGAACGGCACCACCAGGAUACGAUCACAGUGCUGGCGGCCGCGGAGAUCUUCGACGGCAUGGGCCUGGCGGGGGUGUGGGACGUCCUCGACAGGGAGUUCGGCGUGAAGAACGUCCCCCCAAGCACCAACCUCCCGUGGGCCCUCGCCCUUUACCAGGGCACCCUGGUCCAGAUCUGGGCUGACGGGGCGGCGCGCGUCCGCCUGGGAACGGGGCCUCCCAGUGCGGCGGACGCAGUGGCCCAGGUGCUUGCCAACCAGUUCAGCGGUGAGGUACGGAGGGCGAGCGAUUUCAGUGUGACGGCGGCAGCCAACCCAAUCAGGGUGCGCUACGGAGUGCUAUCGGAGAGAGCGAAGCAGCGGGGCGGCCAGGAGCAGCUGCUCAACGAGCGGACCGCCCAGCUGGAGCAAGCCCUGGCCACCUGGCGGCCAGCGGUGGCGGGGCCGUGGCGAGAUUGUCUGGCUGACCUCGUGCGGCGAGCCCCCGGAUGGGAGGACCCGCAGGCGGGUGGCCUGGCAGGCCGCCGGCACCUCCCGGCCACGGCGGCCUUGGCGCGGCGGCUCAGCAGGUCGCGCGCGGAGUUGCAGCGCCGCCUUCCGCCGUCGCCAGCCGCGAUGCCGCGCCCCCCCGGCACGGCCACCACGGCGGGCAUGCUGAACUUUGGACUCAGCGGCGGAGCCGAGAUCGGGGGGGCGACCAUCCUCCCCCGGCGCUGGGAGGACAUCGGCGCGGUCAUGACGGCCUUGAACGCCGCCUGGUUCUUUGGCGUCUCGUGCAGAUGCCAAGAAGGCACCAACCUUGCGGUCGCCCUCCCGAGCUUCCCCUACACGCUGCACGGUCCGCGCGCGGCCCGGUUCGGAGCAGUGACCGUCCUCGUGCACCGGGGGAAGCCAGAUGCUGCGGCUCACCUCCCAGAUUGGUCCAGCGGGCCGGGCACCUGCUGGGCACAGACGGGGGCUGGGGAGUACUGGCGCGGCUUCAGCAUCCCGCCACGCGAGAGGGGGGCCAACGAGCGCGCUCGGGCGGACGCGGUUCGCUCACUCUUCUCUGAGUGCGACCGCGCGAGAGCUGCGGGACGCCGCCGCCACCCGGGCGCACAGGUGUACAUGGCGGGGGACCUCAACCCCGGAGACGACAUUGAUGCACAGGUCCGCGCGGCGGUCGAGCAGCGGGGGCUCCGCCACAUGAUCCCCGAGGGCGUAGCCACCCACGUCCGGGGAAGAAGACUGGAUGUGGUACUUGCCCCAGCGGCUGGUGGCUGCGCGAUGGUCCAGGUCCACAACGGCAAGCACUGCAGGGGCAAUGGGUGCAAGGGGGCCCUAUGCCGGGCGCGGAGCGAAGCCUUGGGUUCCCGCGAUCUGGACCACCAUCCAGUCACGUGGGCUGCGGCCUCGGUGGAGGCAGAAGCGGGGCCCGAUGGGGGAGCCCUACGUUACGACAAAGACCCGGAGAAGUGGAACCACGAGAUGACCGCUUGGGCGGAUGGAGCCAUGGCCACCUUGGCAGGUGAAUUGGCCGCCCGAUGCCACCAGCCGCCCUGGGCCCGAGCCACCUCGCAGGAAGCCAAAGCAGCGCUGGACAUGGCGGCGUGGGCAUGGCGGACGACGGCCACCCUGGCCGCAGCCGCGGGGGACCUCGCCUGGGCGCCACCGCCCGCAGCGCACCGCCGGCAUGACGCUGACGCGGCUGAGGCCGCGGCAUUCCGGGAGGUGACCCAGGCAGCCGCCCGGCACCAGCGAGCAGCCACGGCGACAUCCCUUGCUGCGCUCGAGGCCGCCAGGCAGCGCCUCCGGGAGGUCCGAGGCGCGAGCGCCCGGGCCCAGCGGGACGCCGCCCGCCACCGGAUGCUGGCCCUCCUCCAGACGAGCCCGCUGGCGGCGGCAACAGUCCUCAAGGAGCACUCGGCUGGGCCGCCGGAGGGCCUGCCGGCCAUCAUGCGGGAUCCGGAGGAAGAGGACCGCAUGCUCGUCGGCACGGAGCAGGUGCUGGAUGGCGCGCGCCGGUGCAUCCUGAGGCGAGACGACCCGCCGUGGGGCGGCGAAUGGGACGCGGAGCACGCGGCGGCGAUGCGGGCCCGCCUGGAGCGGCAGCGCUCGGAGGCCAGGCGCGCCCUCUCCCAGUGGGGCCCGGAGGAGGCGUACACCCUUGCAGAGGCAGGCCAGGCCUUGCGGAGGAUCCGCCUGCGCGCCCAAUGCAGGGGCCUCCCCUAUGCCAUCCUCCACAGUACCCAUGUGGGUGUACUCGAAUCCCUGCUGCACCUUGCCACCCUCAGCCUCCGGCUUGGCCGCCUCCCUGGCCUGUGGCUCGUCCAGGAUAAUUACCACUCGCACAAGGAUGGCAAGCCGCGUGUGGACUACGGCGGCUAUAGAGUCCUCGCGCUGUGCUCGGCGGAGGGGCGCUUCGCGGAAGAGCUGUGGGGCGGCCGCGGCCGCGCGCUGCUCCAGGGCGGGCUGGGGGCCCUCCAGCGCUCCCACGGGAGUGCACUCGCGAUCUAA